AUGACGCUCACUGCUUACUUGGGGCUACUCUCUCCAGGAUGUUCAAUCGAUAACGAACAAGGAAUUGAUAGCGAUCGCCUUGAGCGACAGGUCAAUCGCUCCAGACUCCAAGCUCAGGCCAUUUUAGAUGCAGAAUUGAGUUUUACCAAUACUGUCAUUAAACAUUGCGAAUUUCCAGAACGAAGAGAAACAAGAGAAUCAAUCGCAACAUUAUGCCUUUUGGGUGGAUCAAUGGUAGCCAAUUAUGCUUUGUGUUUUCCAGUGGUAGUGGCAAGGCAUCGAUACCAGGCAUUCCCCGCCUAUUACAGCUCAGGAAAAGACACUCCUUGGGGAAGCGCAAAAUUCCUAUUAUCUACAGCUAGACGAGAUGGAAUUCGUGCACUAUACCCUGGAUUUGGGCUUGGGUUAGUGGGUCAGGCGGUGGCAGGUGCAUACGAAUUGCUGUUGAGUGAGUUCUUCCAAACAACCAUCGCACCAGCAACGGCUCAUCUAGGAUUACCCUGGCGCUUCUUGAUCCAGGCUGUCGAACGAAGUGCUGGAUUCGCGAUCAACAUCGCUCUUUAUCCAUUACAUCGGACCGCUUUGGUUAUGAGAGUCCAAAGUAACUCUGAAAUGACUCGCCGAUGUAUCUUGGGCUACAAAGACUUUAUGGCAGCAUAUAAAUCGAAUCUUGUUCGCUUUAUACCUUGGCGACAUGACUCAUCUAGCAACUCUCUCCCACUCAUGUCCUCUUUUGUGCCCUCCUGCAUCGUCAACACCCUUACCGAGAAGCUGCUACUUUACCUUUAUAAGCGCGUUUAUCGAGUCUUUACACUCGGAGUCAAGACACCUGCAAAACCAUCCAGAUCCCGUCGCCGUGAAGAUCGCUCUAGUCCGAAACCCAAACGUGACGAUGUUGCUAUGCUCAAUACUUUUUAUCCUGAGAUCGCAUGUGGGGUAGCGAGCAGCAUUUUAGCACGGGCCAUCAGCUAUCCAAUCGACACUGUUAUGUUUAAGCUGAUGUUGCAGGAUUCAGGUGUCCACAAAAUCAACACAACUUAUCGAGGAUUUUUUGACUGUGUUCACCGAACAUGGCGUGAUGAAGGUGGAAUAAAAGCAUUUUAUGUGGGCUGGGGUGCAGGUGUAUUGGAGAUUGUGGCGGGCUAUUUGAUCCUUGAGGCAUCCUGGUUUGCAUACCGAGCUGUUGAGUGGAAGCUGGGUAAUCAUCCCUCUGGGGAUGACCAUCGCUUGAUUCGAAAGGCGCGCCGAAUAAGGGAUAGACUUCAACAUUGCGUUAAUUGUGUUUGCAAUGUUUAUAACAAAUUUGGCUAUAUAAACUUUGUGCUGCAAAACACCGGGGUAGAAGCAGAUUAUAGAUUCGGGCUAAAAGAGAGUUAUGGGACAUGGGCUAUAAGCGGGUUAAUGAACAGGGCUAAUGAACCUGUUUAUGUAUCAUUAGGGACCAGAUAUAAUUAUUGGAAUUUGCAUAAAAAGUCACAUUUGGAUGGUCUGUUUCCGUGGAACACAACAUUUUCAAACUUUCGCUUUCAACCAUUUGCCGGACUCAUGAAGAGUUCCUUUUGGUUCGGCAUCAAUCAGCAACAAAGUGCCUCGAAACAAAAGUAA